UUUAUACGAUUAACUCGAUUUUUUGUUUUUAUAAUAUGAAUAUUUACAUUUUCAUAUGUUUAAAUAUUUUCAGUCAAAUUGUUCCGUUUUGCAGUGUUUCACGAUGAAUAUAUCUAAAUAAAUUCUAUCUAUAUAUUCUUCUUUUAUAUUUAUUUUAUUAAUCAAAUUAUUUUUUUAAUUUAAUCAAGGAGAAUCAUAUAUUGUCGACUAGAUUGGCCAAAUUUAUUAAUUGCUGUUACAAAACUUUACUUUGUUUAUUUUAAUUUAGUCUUAAAAAUAUUUUUUACCGGACAACCUAUGGAAAUAAAAUGUUUUAUUCUCAAUACGGAAAUUCGCACAAAAUACCGUUUUUUCAUAGUUUCCGGGAAGCAGUUUUGUUCUCGCGCAGAAAAAAAACGGAAGAUUAUUCAAGAAACAACGCUUAGGUUCUCCCAUUAGCUUUGCUACGUAUGCACAUUCACAGCCGUGACGAUUAUCUGAUUCGUCCAGGUUUCCGACGUGUAGAUUUUCGACGAUAGGUGCGAUUUGUAAUAUGCGGCGUGCGAUUAGGUGAAGCUGCGCAAAAUGCUGCCCGACGGCGGCGGCGGCGGCGGCAGCAGCGGUGGUUCCUCGCGACGACGAUUGUUCCUCACCGCGGCGACAGAUCGUCUCGCCACUUUCGGCUAUGUGUCGCGCAAGGGCUGUCGAAGGAAGCUCACACGUGCAAAAGUGCUGAGGAUGCUGACACCGAGGCAAGCGGGGCCGGUGGGCCCCGAGGAGAUCGGGAACGAGCCCGGUGACAAGGGUGCGGGCAACGCGAGGAGCGGCUCGAUCACCCCGGGCGACUAUGAGAACGGCGACAACUCGAAAGAGUUUCUGUCGAGCAACAGGACCGGCAGGAGAAACGCGUUGCCGGAUAUCCAUGGCCGACACGCUAAGACCGGCCUCUCUGAUCUGUCGGACCGUUUCGAGGAACUGUCCACUCACCCAGGUGCCGAUCCACCUUCCUUUGCUGCUCCGAACGGGCCAAACUAUCAUCCUACCAACAGCGGGCAGGAUCCGAACAUACCGAGCACCUCGAAACAACACGGCUGACAUGUUCGCGGAGCUUCGUAGCGGGUUUCGCGACAUACUGGGCCUUUUCAUCACCGACGACGACGACAACGAUGACGAUGAGGAAGCACGUGUCGUUUCUACAAAGUCCUCUUACGGUCUUUGACUAGUGUCACUGCGAUGGAAUGCAUCGAUAAACGCGUUAAGCGACGAAUUAAACGCGCGUUUUGAUUUGUUUAUUAAGGAUUAAAAGAAAAAUACCUGACGAGAGGCCGACUGAGUUUGGGCUCAAAAGAAACCAAUGGGAAAUUUGUAAGAUUUAGAUGCAGGAGAUUGCCAUAUCGUAAGAUUUGCUCCCGCUUUUGCAGGUGAAUGUUACAAAUUAUGGAUGUGUCUCGCUCGUACAAUGAAUUUUUCAAAUAGGGAUUCAAAGGGAACCAAUGACCUUUUUACCGUUAAGGUAAGAUUAAUCCGUGACUCGAAUAAAGAAAUACCAACAGACUUAGGUGGCGAAACGUUCUUUCGUCAGAUAAGAAGUCCAGUAAUUUGUGUAGAACAUUAGAAUCAUGCGCGACUAUCUUCUUGGAUUAAAAGCGAGGUACGCUUUGUUUUGUUAGUGAACCAAAAACAGAUUAAUAAGUGCUGAUUUUUAAUAUGUACAAUAUCCAUUAACUGUAAUCUAAUUUCUUCUUCUUUUUGUUGUUACUGAAAUACGAGCUAAAAAAGUGAAAUUUCAGAAGUGUUUUUCAGUAUUUUCUACGUUAAAUAAAUGAUGGACGGACAUAUUUCUGUAUAUUCUGUUAGAAUUGUAACAUAUUCCGUAUUAAAACUGACAAAGUAAAUAUUGAAGUUAAAUUCGCUGAAUGUGAUAUGAUAUUUGGCUCGGCUUCUGCUUUGUUAAUAACAACGCCGUUUUAAAAAUACAGCGGUUACGUGUAUGCGCGCGUGUGUAUGUGUGCGUGUGUAUGCGAUACGUAUUUUUAAUAAAAUUUCUAUAAAAACCCUUUUUAUUUUGUAUUACGCGAUUAUUAAUUGAAAUACUACGAGGAAAAGGAGCCAAUGAGAAACGUGCCAUCAAGAAAACUCGUUAAAUCAAUUUAGAAUUUUUCACUUUGUGCUGUUGUUAAAUUUUUAAAUUUCCGCCCUACGUGCACCUACAGCGGGUGAAACUGAACUGUGAACGCUUUUAAUAAUCCAACAGCGGCAUUGAUAUUAAUGCACAGUGUAUCCGUGAUAUAAAUACGAGUAUUAAUUAAAUUAUAUUACUGUAGGAUUACUAAGUCCUUACCUAAAAAGUUAACGUGCUUCAUGGCGCGUCACAGUACAGUAAUGUAUAAGAGUGUCCUACAUCACGUUAAAUCCCGAGAUCCUUAAUUCCGGCCCGUAAUUUCAUUCAGAUUCGUUUGUCAGUGUCUUGGUUGCAACAGGAGUCAGGUUGCAGCGUAAACGACGGCCUCGUACGAGAAUGCUCGCCAACGAAACGUCAACUCGGGCGCCGGACAAUCUGUCUGACUGUAAGUGAGAUUUAAUGCAGAUUUAAUUCUCCAGGACGCUUUCGACGAGACGCGACUCGUUUUUUUUUUCAAAUAGGAUCUUGUCGAUUCCUUAAACUCCCGCGUCGAGGGAAUACUCGAGGAUGACGGCUUUUUUUCGAAUUCUUGGAAGGAAAACUCGGAGAGAAAUGUCUCGGAGCGGGAGCGAAAUUAACUGAACGAGCCGUCUCACGGCCGUAAUUUCUCCUUUAAACGUUUAUCGUGGAAAUGUAAAUCGCACGCUCUCGCGACGUUUAAGUUAUGAAUCGCCAGUGUUACGGCGUAAUUUUAUUAAACGUCGCAAGUUUACCUAAGCUGCUCCGUUGCCGCGUGAUUAUCCGUUCUUUCAUUAAACGUUGCGCGGCAACGUUGACGGCGGCUGGUGAAAAAUUUUCUCAGAAUUUUUAUGUAAAUUUCAGAAUUUUCUAUAUAAUUUUGUAAUUUUUUUCAGAAAAUCUCUCGGACUUUUUAUACGAAUUGGAGAUGUUGAGAAAGCAUGUUUUCUAUUCUCCGAAUCUCGUAGAGUGAAAAUGGAGCUUGUACAAUUAUUCGAAUAAUUUAUUACUUUAUAAGAGUUAAAAUUCAUUUCUGAUAGAACUAGAAUUCGGAUAGUAACUAGUUAAAAAGUUGAAAGUUAAUAAUACAGUUUUAAAAAGUUAAUCAUUUUUAACUUAAUUUAGUUAAUUUUAAAUAAUUUAACUUUUUAACUUUAACUAGUUAUUUUUGAAACUUUAAUUCAUGACACUUUUUUUCUAAAUUAAAAAUUUUAUUUGUGCAAAAAAGUUAUUAAAGAAGAAAUACAUUUUUGUACAAAAACAAUAUUUUUGGUUACUUCAUAUAAACUUAACUUACAAAUAAUAUAUUAAGUGUAUUUGAUGAUCGAUAUUAUAACUUUGUUGGUAAUCUAACUUAUAAUUUUUAAUUUAAUAUAAAUAAUGCUUCUCAAAAUUAACUUUACUUUAACUUGAGUUAAUUUAAUCUUAACUUAACUUUAACCGAGUUAAUUUUUUGUUUAUAUAACUUUUAACUUAAAGAAAUCCAAGUAACUUUAACUUUAACGGAAUUUAGUUAAAAGAAUAUAUUAACUUACCCAAUCCUGGAUAAAAUUGAAGGAUUCUUAUAGAAGUGAUUUUUUACUCCUAUUAGAAAAUCACUUGAAUAAAUUGGACAAGCUCAAGUUCUACUCUUUUAGAGACUAUAUUAAAGAGAUUUAGAGAGUAGAAUUUCUAAUAUAUAUUUUUAAUAAUAUAAAGUCUAAAAUAUAUCCUAAGAUCUUCAAGAUCUCCGAUUUUCUAAUUUCUGACCAAAAAAUUUUGCAAAAAGCUUAUUUUUUGAAAAUUGUAUAGAAUGUGAGAAAUCCUCAGAGAAAUAUCUCAGAGUUCACACGUACGAGAAAUUCUGAGAAAAGAUGCGAAUAUUCUCUCGGUAUUUCUGAAAAGCGUUUCAAUUCGUGUAGACGCUGAGAAAAAUUUUUCACCGAAGAGCGACGCAUUUUUAGCGGCCGAUACGGCGAUUUUGUACAGGUCGAGGAAUCGGAGGCAGGCACCGUGUAAUGGCGCGCGACGAGCGGACGUGUACAUACAUGUAGAUUAUUAUAUCCCCGGGUGAUACAGUUUCAAUUCGCGGUUGUCCUAGAUUUUCACGAACAUGCGUAUGGGUAUAAGCUUAGUUAAGUUAAUCAAUAAGGUUUAUGCUUAACGUACGAUUAAAUCUGUACAUAUAGGGGCGAGCCGUUCGACGGGCGUUUGCGUUUCGCUUUUUCCCUCCUCUGCGCCGUGGACAAACGAAAGUUCGGAUUUAGGGACUCGGGCGAGAAGCGCGACAGGGUACGGAUCUCACCUGUGACAUAAAUAAACAUUUUCGGACAGUUGCGUCGUCUGCGACGAUCGCCUCCCCCGAGGGCAUUCGUCUUUAUUCGCGUUUCGAGGGAGGUGGAGAGACGCGCGUUUCGUGCAGCUUGGCAAAAACCGACGCUCCGGCGAUCAAAGUUAACCGAUAUUUGUCCGAUAAGGAUCGACCCGGGAGCGCAGAAUCGCCGAGUAUUUGCCGAGUAUCGCUAACAAUAAACCCGAUAAGUAAUUCCGCGCGCGCGUGUGUGUAUAUGUGUGUGUGUGUGUGUGUGAUGAGCGACAAUUGAUUAAAAUGAUCUCUCUAAUCAGACUCGUGUGUUGCGCUAUCUAAUCGCGCGGUGUUUAUAACUCUUAAGAGUCGACCGCGUUUUUUUUUAGCGCCGGAAAGGGCGGAGGGGAAAGGGAGAUCCUAGCGUGGAUAACGUGUUUUUCACCUGCGUACCUGCUUUUCGUAGUCAAUAACGAUAAUCGCGCGCCGGCCGGCGAGAUAACGGGCCGGUCAACGUUGUAAACGGGUGUGUUUGUACGAUAAAGAGAGAGAGAGAAAACUAGGGGGGAAAAAAAAAACCAAUAAUAAAGCGGAUUGAAAGAGACCCGCAGAUCCACUUGAUAGACGCCGACGGUGUAUCCGCGAUUAGUAUAUCGGCGCAAAAUGAUUUCCGUGCCGGCGACGUCGACGAUCCGGGGUGCGCGAUAAAUGCCGCGUGGCACGUGCGCGCCCGCGCAAUUAUCGCGCCCUCCCCCGCGCGCGAUAACACCGGUCUACGAUGAUGCCCGCCAUGCAAGUUAUUGUUAAAAAAUAAACGCGGGGAUCGAUCGCGCGGCGCGAACCCGCGCGCUGAUCCCUCGUUGGCCUUUGUGCGUGAGCGUAGUUAUUCCGCCCGCGCGGGCGGCGGGGAGGAUCGAUGUAAAACGUAUGUACGUUACUUCUACCCCCGUGGGAACACAAUACAGUUUUGAUUUCUAAUA